AUGCCGCCCUCCCCGCACAACGGAGCCUCCACACGGACGAGAACACCCUCUGUGAACUCUGUACUAGAACAGGCGGUGAGAUCAAAAGAUAGUUGGUUAUUUCCUCAAGCUCCCGACGCGAGACAUGGGAACACGAAGCCGUCUACGUUAGGCGUUGAUGAAUCUCGAAAUCUAUGUUUUGAAAUACUCGAGUAUGUUGGAAGCUUUGACGACCGACUCAUUUGUCCCAUUUGCAAAUGCCAUAUGGUCGCACCUUUAGUUACGCCAUGCCAUCACGCUUUUUGCUACUCGUGCCUCCAUCGUCACCUGGAUUUAAGCAAAACAUGCCCGAUGGACAGAAGAAACCUCAGACAGCGCGAUGUUAGACCAUCAACCGAGUUAUCUGACCUACUCGAUAAGCUGGAAGUGCUUUGUCCUUAUUCCGGCCAAGGAUGCGAAUCGAAAUUCGAGAGGGCGCACCUAAUGCAGCAUAUUGAAAUAUGCAAGUUUUCGCUCAACAAGUCAAAUGCUCACUCAGGGCCAGACCAAGAGAAGGCUCAGCGGUGCAGGAGUGGAUAG